AUGAUACUUACUACACUCGACCUUGGAGAUAAUGAAAUCGGAGACAAUGGAGCACAAAGUCUCGCCAAUGCUCUCAUCAACAACAGGACACUCAUCACACUCAACCUUGAACGAAACAAAAUCCGAGACGAAGGAGCACAACAUAUUGCCAAUGCUAUAGCUAUUCGUCUUGUUCAUCAAAAUAGUUCAGAACUUACUGAAAAUCUUCCAACUAUACUUAAAUUAUGUGAAUGGAUUACAUUAAAUACAACAAAUUUAUCACAAGUAGAAAAAUCUACUUUGUUUAAUUUUUGUCAGAUGCCAAUUGAUCGAAUAUUAGCACCAAAAAUGAAACAAGAUUUAUUAAUCAAUAUGAUGAAAUUAAUGGAUAGUAGUUCAUCAUUAUACAAUCCACAUUGA